AUGCGGUUACCGCGGACCAGUUUCGUGAUCACUCUGCUGAUGAUAUCCGAAGCAUCAGCUCUACUUCCGUACAGCUUGCCUUAUCUCAGUGAGUCGCGAGAAGGCCUUUGGAAACAGAUCAUUGCUAACUCUCGUAGCGCCCGGCAAAGAGUCCCGGACGGCAGAACCGCCCCCAGGACGUUCAGUCAGAUUCGUCAGGGGUGCUACGGGCCUUCCAAGUGGCACUGGAAUACCCACGUCCCAACCGUCGUCCUCCUUCUCGACUCACAAUACAUCCGCCUCUGCUUCUACCUCCACCAAGCCCACCAGCCUAGCUCAGUCUCAACGUCCUCAUCUGGAACCAGCUUCGCGCACUACUCCAACAGCUCAUCACCUACCGUUGCACCAAGCUCCGGCACCACUGUCGAGAAUACUGCCACAGUCACUCUUACAUCGGCCACGGUCACCAGUACUGUCACAGUUGUCAAUCUCAACGGAUCACCCCUUCCGCUUGACCGGCCGGUUGUCACCUACGCCCCGCGAGGAGGUUCCCCCAUCACCAUCUCGUCAGGAUCCAUCGCACUGGGAUCUACGACUAUUGCUGUUCCAACAAAACCAACAACGUUGACCGCUGACGGCACUCCGAUCACCUUUGGCAGUCUGAGCACCACCCAGCAAGUUGUCACCUCAGUGAAACAGCCACCGAAGACCACGAAGCAGGAGACCCAGGAAAGCCCUACCCGGACAUCCAAGGCUGUACUUACAUCCUCCAUGCCUCCCUCUGAGACUUCCUACAUGGGCGAGGGGAACUCCCCCUUUGACCAUACGUGGGUUCCGCUUCCGGUUGUCGUUAAGCUAGACGGGAUUGAGUUUUAUCCCCCAACCGAACACGAAAAGCCAGUUGAGAUCUUUCUCAAGGACGGAAGCACCGCAACCCUUUCCUACAAGUCCUUGAAGAUCGCGGGCAAGACGGUCCAGAUACCUCAGGAAGUUUCAUCUACAAGUGUCAUUGAUGGUGUGGAGUUUUCACAACGCUCUUUCGACUCUCCCGAAGGUAGCCCUGGUGGCGGUGGUGGUACCGCAGCCGGGGGCAGCGCUGGUGCAUUUGGUGCUAUGAAGGGGAUUUUUGAAGGGCUUUCCGGAUCUGCAGGUCCAUUGGCUGAUGCCGUAGCCGGCUUCAGUGGCAAGGCCAUGCGUCUGGCUCUCAACGCACCUGGCGGGCCCCUAUCCGGCACACAGUUUGGUGAAGCGAUUGAACUGGCAGAUCUCACCCAAGAUGCCAUCAACCUUGCGAAGCAGACAUCUCAGUUUCAAAAUCAAGCGGAGUCUGUCCGAAUGAAUCAAGGAAAUCAGCCAGACGCCUUUCGAUCUAUCAACGGAAAGUUCUUUUCGGCUUACGCCCAUUCACGCAGGUUUGCGGCCUGGUCAUCGUCGACUGCCAAUAUGCUCCAGAACCUUCCCAAUAUUCCCACGGCGGUGCACGCUACAAUCAUGGAAAGAUUCGGAGACUUGUCGAUUCUUGGGAUGGCAGCUUUGAGUUUCGCAGCCGAUGCCUACGACGCCUACGCUGUUCUAAGCGCCGUCAACUGGGCCGAUGUAGAUGACGUGUUUGCUGGAAACCCCCAAGAACCGCCAAAUUCGACGACUGUAUCUCAACCAACCUCCACGACUAUCUUUGCCGAUCCCCCAAGCAAGUCUGGUACGCCGAAGAAGAAGGCUUCAUGGCCACCUAUUCCUCGAGGACCCACUGACAUGUUCAUGAUCACCGCCAAACGCGGGAAGGUCAGCACUUCUGUCUUCAAGAAGUUCACCAAGUACCUUGACAACGACGCUGGAAGUACUCUUGGUGCCGAGGAAUGGCUGCCCACGGAGAUGGCGUGGCCUGUAUACACUACCAACUUGACUGUGCUCAAAGCUGCAGGUAUCGCUCAGAUUCCCUGGGUGAGAAGUGUCACUCUUGAUAUUCCUUUCGACGUCCAAGAGUACGAGAGGGCUUCCGCCAUAAAGACCUCCGACUUCACGACCCCGAUCACGACGCCCGGCAGCACUCCUACCCGAAGCCCACUAUACAAGCGGCGCCCUGCGCCUCCUGAUGUCAGACCAAACAGCCCGGCGCAUCUCAGGAUGAUUUCAGGAGAUUCCAGACAAGACUACCGGUAUCAUUCCUCACUGGGCCGAGGCGUUACCAUAUUCAUAAUUGACACUGGUUUCAAUUUGGGUCAUCAGGAACUCGCUCCAGGCUCAAGAAAAGUCAAGGACUACUACGUCAAAAACGAGAACGCAGUCGACUUGUCCAAGGUUGCACUCGACAAGCUCGCACCGGAUAACUCGGAGGACUACUUUCACGAUGGCCAGCGCAGGAUAGGACACGGUACCUCCGUAGCUUGCGUUGCUGGAGGCACCACCUUAGGCGUGGCAUCGAAUGCUGAUCUGUACCUCCUCAAGUGGAAGGCGGCACAGAAACGAAACAACGGCAGCUACGGGCCAAUCCAGAGCCGACGGGUAGCACUCAUUGAUGCUUUUAACCACAUUCGAGCUCAGAUCCUGCGUGCGAACCCUUCGCUUAAGGGCAAGGCGGUUGUGAAUGUCUCUUUCGGUAUCAAAAGAGACAUCGCCCUUUUUGAUGACAUCCAGGCCGACUUUGAGGCGUUCAUCGAAGACCUGGAGGAACUGGGUGGUGUCUUCGUCAUGGCUGCCGGGAACGCCGCUCAAUCCCCGUCGCCGGACAGACUAGGGGACCAUCUUCCGCAACUUCUUGGAACACAAGAGAACUCACUUAUUACCGUCGGAGGAGUUCAUGCUGAUGGAUCACUUCAAGCGACCUCUGAGCCAGAAGGGAAGAUGAAAGGCGACCCGCCAAUGCAGGAUGGCAGCCCUCAUCCCAACGCUAAUCGUCGUGGAAGCGUUACCAUCUACGCACAGGCCGAAGAUGUGACGGGCUGCAUCGGUGACCCGGCCGACACUAGAAGCACUGUGAAGAUGACAGGGAACAGUUUCGCUUCUCCAGCAGUGGCCGGCUUGGCAGCCUACCUCUUGGCACAUCCCGAUUUCAGUGACGUUUUCGAGUACAAGGAGAAGUCACAACGAGAACCAGACUAUCGCAGUGUUGGUCUCCAGAUGAAGCAGGUCAUCGAAGCGUUUGCCUCUUUCCAAUGGGUACCGCAAGAGGCGGUGUUCAAUCGCUUCAGAGAGUAUGAACGGGAGGAAUAUGAACUUCCCAAGCGCGUCCGGAUUGCAUACAACAUGGUGGAUGGUCCGAAACGCGACGUAUACCUUCACCCGCGUGUCAACUACUGUGCCUCCCACAUCCAUGGCAUCGACGUCAACUGGCGAGGCGACGCUAACGUUCAAGCCUACCACAUUGACCGGAAGCACCUCAACGACAGCGACUUCCAGCCCAGUUUUGACCUGCAACGAAGACAACAAUGCGAAUGCGUCGACCCGAAGGAGGAAGACAACGUUCCCGCCGUUUGUACUGUUGACGAAGACUGCAAGGCCCUGGCCUGCGAUGCCCCAAAGAAGAAGUCCUGCGUAACGACUAUCCCUAUGGGUGCAUUUGCCAUCCGGUAA